AUGAACUUUGAUCUGGAAAAGACUAACGAUGAAUGUUUUUGUGGUAGUCGAUUCUUUACGCGAGCUGACGGCUCAAAGAUCCCCACAAAGAGACAGGCAACCCUUUUCUCUACUUCGGCUAAGCAGUCACAACCGAAGAAGCAAGACACGCCCAAAGAGGAUGAGAUUGAGACAGUUGCUGCUUCUGAAAGUACGGAUGUUCCAGCAUCUACCGAUGGUGCCGAGCCCACGUCUGGCAAGAUCGAAGACGGCGCAACUCCAGACAGCAAAAAUGACGACGAUCUGAAUCGCAUGUUUAGUCCCUCUCCGCCUACAUCUCCCGCAGCAGAAGAUACUCUCGAAAUGAAAUCAGAGGACAAGGUCGAACCCGAAGUCAAGCUUGAGGAAACCGGCAAAAAGCGACGUCGAAGUAAGAGUGCCAGUCGGAGUCCGUCGCCUGCGAAAUUGCCUGAGAAGAAAGCAAAAGCAAAGAAGAGCCAAAAAAAGGUUAAGAAAGAAGAGGAUGCUGAGGUGGUUGCGAAAUCAAGCACAUUAGAUUCGUCUGACGAUGAGAUGGCGUUGAAAGCGGAAGACUCAUAUUCUGCACUCAGCGAGGACGAGGCAGCUGAAGAACUUCCAUUAAUAAGCACUAUCCGUAAGACCGAGUCAUCUUGGCCGGCAGGCUCUCCUGUGCCUUACUCAGCCCUUUGCGCGACCUUUGAAAAGAUCGAAGGCACCACCAAACGUCUCGAAAUCAUCUCCUAUUGCUCGGCAUUUCUUCUCGAAGUUCUCGAGCUCUCGCCGGAUUCGCUUCUCACGAUCGUCUACCUGUUCAUCAACAAGCUCGGUCCUGAUUUCGAAGGCGUCGAAAUCGGUCUCGGAGAAGCAAUCUUGUCGAAAGCCAUUAGCGAGUGCACAGGUCGGUCGCUUGCCCAGAUCAAGGCUGAUUAUCGCACCACUGGCGACCUUGGCACCGUCGCGCGCGACUCGCGAAACAAUCAGCCGACAAUGUUCAAGCCUAAACCUCUUACCGCGGAAGGCGUGUUCAAGAACCUGAAGGCGAUUGCAAACGUGUCGGGUGUACAAAGCCAGGCAAAGAAAGUGGGGAUUAUCAACAUGAUGCUGGCAGCCUGUCAAGGCAACGAAGCAAAGUAUCUUGUUCGCAGUUUAGAAGGCAAGCUCCGGAUCAGUCUUGCAGAGAAAACAGUGCUCUCGGCACUUGCGCAGGCUGCAGUUACGUUUGAGUCUCGCAAAGCGGGCGAUAAGAAACCAGAUCCAGCUAAAGCUGUCAAAGCGGAAGAAAUUCUGCGCGCGGUCUACAGCGAGAUUCCUACCUAUGAUCUUAUCAUUCCGGCAAUAAUCAAAGACGGCAUCAUGAAUCUCCGCUCAAGUUGUCAACUCACGCCUUGUGUGCCGCUGAAGCCGAUGCUGGCCAAACCCACAAAGAGUAUAACCGAGGUUCUCGAUCGCUUCAGCGAUCAGAAGUUUACAUGCGAGUACAAAUACGACGGCGAGCGUGCGCAGAUCCAUUUUAUUUCCGAAAGCAACACCUCACGCGUCUAUUCGCGCAAUUCGGAGGACAUGAGCGCAAAGUAUCCCGACAUUGUCUCUGCCAUUCCGAAGUUUCUGGGGCAGGGCGAGCAUCGGCCGUCGAGCUUUGUGCUGGAUUGUGAAGCGGUUGCGUGGGAUCGCGAGGAAAAGCGAAUCCUCCCAUUUCAGGUUCUUUCCACGCGUAAGAGGAAAGAUGUACAAGAAGGCAGUAUCAAAGUGCGCGUGUGCGUCUUCGCGUUCGACCUACUUUAUUUAAACGGAAAGUCUCUUCUACAGACACCUCUGCACGAACGGCGCGAGCUGUUGCACUCACACUUUCGCGAAGUGGAAGGCGAGUUUGCGUACGCGAGAUACGAGGACGGCUCGAGUGUCGACCAAAUCCAAGAGUUCCUCGACCAGAGCGUGAAGGACAGUUGCGAGGGCUUGAUGGUGAAGAUGCUGGAAGGCGACGAGAGUGGGUAUGAGCCGAGUAAACGCAGUCGCAACUGGCUUAAGCUCAAGAAGGAUUACCUGACUGGCGUUGGCGACUCGCUUGAUUUGGUAGUCAUCGGGGCGUUUUAUGGAAAAGGAAAGAGAACGAACUGGUACGGCGCGUAUUUGCUGGCGUGUUACAAUCCAGACACUCAGGAAUAUGAAACGAUUUGCAGGAUCGGUACCGGGUUCUCCGAAGAAGUCCUCGAAAGCCUCUACCAAACUCUUUCCAAAACCGUCAUCGACCAGCCGCGAUCCUACUAUUCCUACGCGCAAUCCAACGCGACCGCUCCCGACGUCUGGUUCGAGCCCACAAUGGUCUGGGAAGUUCUCGCCGCGGACCUGUCGCUCUCGCCGGUGUAUAAAGCUGCCAUCUCGGUGCUGGGUCGCGGAAAGGGUGUCUCGUUGAGGUUUCCUCGGUUCAUCAGAAUUAGGGACGAUAAGGCGGUCGAUGAUGCUACGACUUCAGAACAGGUCUCGGAGUUUUAUUUGGCGCAGGCUUCUGCUUCAGGAGGCAAUCAAGGCGGGUUUAAUGAGGAGUAUUAA